CUCCUGAGCCUCAGUUUCUGCGACUGUAAAAUGGGGAGAUGACAGGACUUCCCUCCUGUUGCUGUUGGGAAGCCUCUCUGAGCGAAUUCCAGGGAAGGGCGUGACUCCGCACCUGCCCUGGGUGUGAGCUCUGAACACUAGCAUGUGUUUUUCAGAAUCCUAGAAAAUAUUUUAGAAGGCAGGGCCGGGAUGCCGGGGGCUGUUCCCUGGGAGGCGAGGCUCUGCAGCUCCCAGCCUUCCCCCUUCGCAGGCGUUCUGUUUUGUUUUGCUUGGGUGCGCCCACAGCCAAGUCUGGGAGGGUUUCCUGGACAGAGGUCCUCGCGGCAGCUGCUGAAGCCGUGCAGCCCUGGUCACAGCGCCACUGCUCUCCAACCCAGGCACACUGCAGGCGGCAGCAGCAUGGAGCUCUGGGGGGCCUACCUGCUCCUCUGCCUCUUCUCCCUCCUGACCCAGGUCACCGCCGAGCCACCGUCCCCCAAGGUCAAGAAGGCUGCAAAUGCCAAGAAAGAUGUUGUGAGCCCGAAGAUGCUUGAGGAGCUCAAGAGCCAGCUGGAGAGCCUGGCCCAGGAGGUGGCCCUGCUGAAGGAGCAGCAGGCCCUGCAGACGGCAUCCACACUGCCAUCCUUCUGUCCCUCUGCUGUGCCACACUCUGUCCCUCUACCACAGGGCCUUUGCACAUGCUGUUCUGGCAGCCUGAACUGUUCCGCCAAGAGCCACGUAAUAAAUACCUCCAGCAACACCAUCUCAAAGUAUCUAAUCCCUCUUCUCAAUCAGUUAAAAGCUUCACAGAAUGAUGUUCUUUCCUUUAUCUCAUUUAUGGCAAUUUGUAAUGUUAUAUUCAUGUGUUGAUUUAUGUCUUCACUGUGAGCCCCAGGAACACAGCAGCUAAGUUUGCUUCUGGUUGCCCUUGUCUCUCCCACCACCCUGCCCAGCACAGUGCCUGCCACAUAUCAACACUCCGUAAAUCUCUGCUAAGGGAGGACAAACACAGGACUCUGGACAACGUGCUUAACCUGGCUGGUGGGGAAAGGGGGGCUCUAGGAAGGAAAUGUCUACCAUGUUUAGGCUUCAAGUAAUAGAAAACUAAGAGUAGCUUAAACAACAAGAGAAUCUGGAAGUAGCUCAUUCCUGCACCGAGACAGACAAGGAGGGGGGAGCGGGAAGGGGUGCUGGCUGGAUCAGCCACAGUGUCUGCAUGAGCGCAGUGCCACCCUGGGCCUCAUUUCCUCACUGUAAAGUGGACGGGGUGGGGGUAGAGGUGCAGGAAAGCUCCAAGGUCUCUCCAAGGUCUAAGCUUUGUGCUUGUGCAAAGUCCUGAUAACCCAGGUGCCACCGUCCCCUGAGGUGAGGGCAGAUGGUGGGGACCUCCCUGCACAAAGUCCAAGGCACAAGGGAAUCCCAAGAGCCCCUCUUCUCCACUGAGUCCCAGGCGGUCACGGUCUCUGGGCCUCCUUGGGGACCUUCUCCCUCUCAUUGUCCUUUCCACCACCACCACCUGCAGAUCACCUUGUCUGCAGCCCACCCAAAGCAUACGGCUCUGUUGACCUAGCCAGAGUUGAGGGGUUAGGGGAGCACCCUCCUCCUGGCAUCUGCCCCUCACCCCCCCCCCCCAAUCUGCAACCACAUGUGAGGUCCCCAGCCAGCCAGCCUCUGCCAGACACAGGGAGGCAGAGGUGACCUUGCCAGGGCCCUGCUCCCAGAAGCCUCCAUACAUUCAUGCAGUGCACUCACUGGAACCCUUCCAGGAGGAGGAGGGAGAUACAGAGGGGCUGCCAGCAGAGGGCGCCGCAGGAGCAAAGGGCUGAUUGCCCGCCCAGCACUGCUCUCAGGCUUUGUCUUCGUCUAGUUUUCUGCAUGAACCCAGGGGGUCACGCCUAGGGCACAGCCACAGAAUAAUAGCGGGGACGGUCAGUGGGCGCUCUGGCUCGGGACCGGGGACCCUGGUGACGGCCCUCUCUCCCC